AUGGGUGGAGACUUUAGACAAAUACUUCCAGUUGUGAAAAGAGGUAGACCAGCUGAAGUUGUAGAACCAUGUAUAAAAUGUUCUGAACAUUGGCAGUAUGUGCAAAGGUUUUCAUUAACUGAAAAUAUGAAUUUUCAGAUAGGAGAAGAGGAAUUUUCUCGAUGGCAUCUUAAGCUAAAGGAUCUUCAGGCUUAUUUUGGUGGCGCAGAUGAAACUGAUUAUGCUAACCGUGCUAUUUUAACACCAACAAAUGUUGAUUCAUUGGCAAUAAAUGAAGAAGUCCUUGAUCGUUUACCUGGUGAUAGUAAAAUUUACUUAAGUUCAGAUAGCAUUGAAACUGAUGAUAGCGAAAUUUAUAAUUCUCCAGUCGAGUUUUUAAAUAGUUUGACUCCAUCAGGUAUGCCUGUUCAUUGCCUAAAAUUGAAAAUUGGUGCUGUUGUAAUGCUACUUAAAAAUUUAGAUCUUAAAGGUGGACUUUGUAAUGGAACACGUUUGAUAGUACGUGCACUGCACAUCAAUUAUAUUGAUGGGGAGGUUCUAACAGGGCUAGCAGCUGGUAACAGGAUCUUUGUUCCUCGAGUUCAAUUAGCUCCAUCGGAUUCGAAUUUACCUUUGAAUCCGAUGGAGCUAAUUGAACUCGAUGCAAAAAACCAGUCUUUGAUACUGGUUACUUUUGGCUUCCAAAUAAAUAUAUGA